AGCGACGAGACAAUUCAGUAUAACUCAGACUGUAAAACAGAGAUGUUGGGGUAUGUAGUUUUAUAAUAAAAGAAAUGGCUUUGGUAGGAACUGCAGCAUCUUAGAAUGAAAAGAGACGAAUCCAUGCUUGCAUUGGAGGGUUGAUAACGCAGGGUAACUUUUGCCCUGUUUGAUCAGCCACAAGGUGGCCAAGUUGGUGGGCUGGGAAGUCGAAUAACGACCUACACGUUUUACUGAAUACCAGAGCUACAGAGAAAGAAGUCAACGGAAGAGCCCGGAUUGCUGUCAGUAUGUCACAGAGUAAUUGGGCUGCAAUGUUCCAGCUUCUCUUGCUAGCAUGCUUAGGAACGCAUCAGUCUGCAAGCCAACACGUGGAACAUUUCAAUUGCAACUCCCCAACUGGUCUAUACUACAUCAGUGGUUUGGACUGGUCUACAAAGUACAACAACGCAACUGCAGCUGGAAAUAAGUGCAGGACAAUAGCGCCAGGAGUCAGCUUUGCCCUGAUCAACUCCACCGACCUUAGCGGUACAAACAGGAAUUGCUUGCUCGCUUUCCUUGCGCACAUAGCAGCAGCGUACCCUGGAAACAGCGUAUCAGCAUGGUUGGAUUCAAGUACUGGAACAGACCGUCAUUGCUAUCCAGGACCAGCAUGCAGUAGCACCAACGUCACGAUAUGCAAGUACAACAAGCCUGAGGCCGCAGACCUCACCAACAGCUGCCCAGUUUUGCCUCCGAUCACCAAUGGGAUUGCCACUUAUCCAUCAGGACUUGUGUUCCCAUCAGAGGCCUUCUACGCAUGCAACAUCGGCUACCGACUUCACGGCCCUAGCAAUCGUCAAUGUUACUCACAUUUGAAAGCUUCCAGCACAAUAACAACUCCAGCUGCCUGGGAUUCAUCUUCAAGUCGCACAUGCCAUGUAAACAAUUGUCAAGUUCCACGUUUGGCCGAUGGACAGGUUCUCGGUACUUCCCCUUAUUACAUGGCCAAGUGCGAUGUCGGUUUCAAGUUAGUUGGGAAUGUGCAGAUCACCUGCAUCUCUGAUACGGAAACAACGCCGAUGCCAGCUUGUCAGCCCAUUCGGUGUCUUGCUCCAAGCAUUCCUCACAGCGCUGGCUUGAUGGAUACCGGUAAGUACUCUGAUAUCGGACAGCGAGUUGACGUUAACUGCGCACAUGGCUACCGACUGGUGGGCAACAGUACGGUGGAGUGCAUGCGUUUCGGCGGGUGGACAAACCUCCCGGCGUGUGAAGGCAUUCGGUGUACUGCUCCAGUCAUCCCUCACAGCACCGGCUUGAUCGAUAAAUACUAUGAUAUUGGACAGCGAGUUGACGUGCACUGCUCACAUGGCUACCGACUGGUGGGCAACAGUACGGUGGAGUGCCUGCCUUUCGGCGGGUGGACAAGCCUACCGACGUGCGACGCUUCCAUAUGCUAUCCACCAGCGAUCUCUAACGGAAAUGCGUCGGCAAGUGGACCACUAUACACCACUAAAUGCUACUCCGGGUUUGAGCUUGUUGGUGACCCAAUCGUCACGUUCGCCUGCAACACGACCGCCACACAGCUUCCUAGGUGCACACGUUAUCUAUGUGCCUUUCCACCAAGAGUGAUGAAUGGUCACGUGACCGUGCAGAGUUACCUACGAGGUGGAACAGCGCAUGUCGCCUGCAACGCUGGAUACGGCCUACACGUGCAUGCUGCCAACACUACGACCUGUCUUGGCAAUGGCUCCUGGUCCCGGCCAUUGGGAACCUGCCUACGCUCAUCCGACUCAAGCGGUGCAACGUCAGACACAACUACUUCGAGUAUCGUUGUUGGUGUUGCAAGCUUCUUGGCUGGGUUUCUCAUUCCGACGGUGGUAUUUGCUUGCAUUCUCAAGCGCCGCGCCCAGGAGCACAGGGUAGAGACUACCCAAGCUCCAGUGCAGCUCUCUAACGAUAUUGUCCUGCCCAACCUGAAGAAAAACGAUGCAUACGGUAUUGUGGAGUGCCACCAGGAGACCCAGUAUGAAACAAUAUGAUAUCUGGCUACUUGGCAUCACUUCUCCCACCAAAAUACAUAUUCAUCAUGACUAUAGCUAUGAAUAGGAUGUGGGCCGCAGACAUCACACACAUACACAUACAUAUCGAACAAGUAACGUAGUUUCGUGAUGUUUGCGGCCUUCAUCCUAUUCAUAGCUACAUGUACAUCAAAAUUAUUUUCUCCUCGCAGGGUAUUUGUACAAUGUUGAAUAUCUUAGGAUUGUUGCCUGACCGACUUACUUCAGUAAAAUUCUAAUGUCUGGCUGUCUUUUGGUCGCAAUGUUCAUACGGGCAUAAGUCUUGCUAAACCUGCAUCUUACAACCGAUUUGAGAUGUAUAUCUUGUGCUCAUGAUUUAGUUGUGUCUACCAUGCAGGCUUCCGUUGCUGUUUGAUGUUCUCAUCCUUGCUCGCUUAGUUUAUCUAUACCGACCAUGCGUUUUAGUUUUGGAAAUUGGUAUCUCAUAUCUCCUUUCCUUUAGGCUCACUCUCACAGACCAGUAAUCAAUUCAAUACUGAUCAUUACUCUCCCGGAAAUUGUUUUAAUUUUGGGCAUUCCUCUUUUGAUAUCGUAAAUGCUGAGCACAUUAAUAUCACAGCAAUAACUGUGAUGGAUACAGUG